AUGGCUGAAAUCGUUCUUUCUGCCUUCUUGACAGUGGUCUUUGAAAAACUGGCAUCUGAAGCCUUGAAGAAGAUUGUUCGCUCCAAAGGAAUUGAAUCUGAGCUCAAGAAAUUGAAGAAGACAUUAGACCAAAUCCAAGAUCUGCUUAACGAUGCUUCCCAGAAGGAAGUAACUAAUGAAGCUGUUAAAAGAUGGCUGAAUGAUCUCCAACAUUUGGCUUAUGACAUAGACGACCUACUUGAUGAUCUUGCAACAGAAGCUAUUCAUCGUGAGUUGACCGAGGAGGGUGGAGCCUCCACCAGUAUGGUAAGAAAACUAAUCCCAAGUUGUUGCACAAGUUUCUCACAAAGUAAUAGGAUGCAUCCCAAGUUAGAUGAUAUUGCCACCAGGUUACAAGAACUGGUAGAGGCAAAAAAUAAUCUUGGUUUAAGUGUGAUAACAUAUGAAAAGCCAAAAAUUGAAAGAUAUGAGGCAUCUUUGGUAGAUGAAAGUGGUAUUUUUGGACGUAAAGAUGAUAAGAAAAAAUUGAUGGAGAAGCUGUUGGGGGAUAAAGAUGAAUCAGGGAGUCAAAACUUCAGUAUCGUGCCCAUAGUUGGUAUGGGUGGAGUUGGCAAAACAACUCUAGCUAGACUCUUGUAUGAUGAAAAGAAAGUGAAAGAUCACUUUGAACUCAGGGCUUGGGUUUGUGUUUCUGAUGAGUUCAGUAUUCUCAACAUAAGCAAAGUUAUCUAUCAAUCUGUGACCGGGGAAAAGAAAGAGUUUGAAGACUUAAAUCUGCUUCAAGAAGCUCUUAGAGGGAAACUACAGAACAAACUAUUUCUAAUAGUUUUGGAUGAUGUAUGGUCGGAAAGCUAUGGUGAUUGGGAGAAAUUAGUGGGCCCAUUUCAUGCUGGGACUUCUGGAAGUAGAAUAAUCAUGACUACUCGGAAGGAGCAAUUACUCAAACAGUUGGGUUUUUCUCAUCAAGAUCCUCUGUGUUGUAUAGAUUCCCUGCAACGUCUAUCACAAGAUGAUGCUUUGUCUUUGUUUGCUCAACACGCAUUGGGUGUAGCUAACUUUGAUUCACAUCCAACACUAAGGCCAUAUGGGGAACAGUUUGUGAAAAAAUGUGGGGGCUUGCCUUUGGCUUUAAGAAUCCUUGGGAGGUUAUUGAUGACAAAAACAGACGAGGAAGAAUGGAAAUAUCUGUUGGAUAGUGAGAUAUGGAGUUUAGGAAAUGAAGAUAAGAUUGUUCCUGUUCUUAGACUAAGCUACAAUGAUCUUUCUGCCACUUUGAAGUUGUUGUUUGCAUACUGCUCUUUGUUCCCCAAGGACUAUGUGUUUGACAAAGAGGAGUUGGUUCUGCUCUGGAUGGCGGAAGGGUUUUUGCAACACUCUGCUGCAAGAAAAUCAAUGCAACAGUGGGGUCAGAAAUGUUUUGAAGAGUUGCUGUCAAGGUCAUUUUUUCAACAUGCUCCUAAUGACAAAUCGUUGUUUGUGAUGCAUGACCUCCUGAAUGACUUGGCCACAUUUGUUGCUGGAGACUUUUUUUCAAGGUUAGACAUUAAGCAGGAAUUGAGGAAGGAAGCUUUGGAAAAGCAUCGACAUAUGUCAUUUGUUUGUGAGGAUUACAUGGUGUACAAAAGGUUCCAGCCAUUUAGAGGAGCUAAAAAUUUGAGAACAUUUUUAGCCUUCUAUGUUGGGGUGGUAGAAGAUUGGCAUAAAUUUAACUUAUCAAAUAAGGUCUUGAAUGACUUACUUCAAGAGUUACCAUUGUUAAGGGUCCUAAAUUUGAGUAAUCUUAGCAUAAGCGAGGUACCAGAAGUCGUCGGUAGUAUGAAGCAUUUGCGGUAUCUUAAUCUAUCUGACACUAAAAUCACACAUUUACCGGAAAAUGUCUGCAAUCUUUAUAAUUUACAAACGUUGAUUGUUUCCGGCUGUCAUGAAUUGAUUAAGUUGCCCAAGAGCUUCUCAAAGCUUAACAAUUUGCAGCAUUUUGACAUGAGGGGUACUUGGAAGUUGAAGAAGAUGCCCUUAGGGAUUGGUGAGUUGAAAAGUCUUCAAACACUCUCCAGUGAUAUUGGCUUAACAUUAACUGAGCUUAAGAACUUGCAAAAUCUCCCUGGGAAAGUUUGUAUUGACGGACUGGGAAAUGCAGAAAAUGCAGUGGAUGCACGUGAGGCGAACUUCUCUCAAAAGAAGUUUAGUGAGUUAGUGUUGAAUUGGGGUGAUGAGUUUAAAGCUUAUGGAACAGGAACACUUGGAAAAGAGGUCCUCAAUGAGCUGAAGCCUCAUAAUGGUACUCUAGAAAAACUCAGAAUUGUGUCAUAUAAGGGUAUGGAGUUUCCAAAUUGGGUUGGGGAUCCCGCCUUUCGUCGGUUAACUAUAGUGUCAAUAAAUGGCUGUGCAGAAUGUACAUCUCUACCGAUGCUUGGGCAGCUACCAUCACUGAAGGAUCUGUCUAUUGGUGGGAUGAGUAAGGUGAAGGUUGUAGGUUUGGAGUUUCUUGGGACCGACCUUGCAUUUCCUUCACUUGAAACCCUAUCAUUUUCUAGUAUGUCAGGGUGGGAGGAAUGGUCAACAAAUAGUGGGGCGUUUCCUUGCCUUCAAGAGCUUCAAAUUGAAGAUUGUCCUAAUCUGGUUCAAGUCUCACUUGAAGCGCUACCUUCAGUAAGGGUUCUGAAACUGAGAAAAUGUGGUCACUGUGUCUUGAGAAACCUUGUUGAUGUAGCUUCAUCACUUACCAAGUUGGAAAUAAAUGAUAUUUGUCCUAAUCUGACUCGGGUCUCUCUUGAAGGACUACCUUCACUAAGGGUUUUAAAGGUAAUAAAAUGUGGUCAUGGUUUGUUGAAAAGCCUGGUUGAUGUAGCUUCGACAAUCACCAAGUUGAAAAUAUAUAAUAUUUUAGGGCUUACUGAUGAACUGUGGAGAGGUGUUACAGAGUAUCUUGGAGCAGUUGAAGAAGUAAGCAUCAGAGCGUGUGAUGAAAUAAGAUACUUGUGGGACUCAAAAGCAGAGGCAAGUAAGUUUCUUGUGAAUUUAAGGAAGCUGGAUGUACAAGACUGUUCAAAUUUGGUGAGUUUAGGGGAGAAAGAGAAGGAUAACAGUGGGAGCAACCUAACAUCUCUUACGACGUUGGAGGUCAGUUCAUGUAACAGCUUUGAGCGCUGCAAUUGUCCAGAUAACAUCGAGGAUCUGUCGAUUUCUGAUUGUGAUUCAGUUACAUCUGUCUCCUUCACAACAGGAGGAGGGCAGAAGCUCAAGUCAGUCUUGUUGAUCCACUGCAAGAAACUAUUGGAAAAGGAGAUCGGAGGAGGAGAGAAGUCUGGGUUGCUUAUCAACUCAAACAUGCGGAUGCUUGAAUAUGUACAUAUAUAUAGUUGGCUAAAUCUGAAGUCGAUUAAUGAAUUGAAUUGUUUCAUUCACCUCACACGGUUGACCAUAAUAAAUUGUUCGAGUAUGGAGUCAUUUCCUGACCAUGAGUUGCCGAAUCUCACCUCAUUAACACAUCUGACAAUUCAAAUGUGUACAAGUAUGGAUGCAUCCUUUCCUCGUGGGCUUUGGCCUCCAAAACUUUGUUCCCUUAAUAUAAAAGGGUUGAAGAAGCCCAUAUCAGAGUGGGGCCCACAGAAUUUUCCAACCUCACUUUCUUACCUAAAUUUAUGUGACGGACCAUAUGAUAACAUGAAAAGCUUUGAUCAAUUGUCACAUCUUUUUCCUCCAUCUCUUACUCAUCUUCACAUAGAAGAAUUUGAGAAGCUGGAAUCGGUUUCAAGGGGACUCCAACGCCUCACCUCCCUCCAACAUCUCUUCAUUUGGAAUUGCCCAAAGACGAUAGAUCUGCCAGAAAAGAAAGAAUUAGCAAAGGAGGCUCCUAUUGGCCCCAUGUCUCCCUUAUCCCCUGCGUUGAGACAAGCUCAAUCUGAAGCCAAGCAAUCAAAAUUGAAAGAAAUUGAUGGCUUUCAAAGGAAGACAUUUAUAUUGUGCUGCUUAUGGUUUACAAGGAAUAUUGAUGUACAGGUGAAUGACUUACUUUCCAAAAAUCAUCCAUGGAAGUGUAGAACUCCUUCUGAUGAUCGAAGCUGUGAAGCUUCAAUGCUUUAUAUGUGUAGCAUCUUUUCAAUCAUUCAAACUAUACGCUGUAAAGAGUUGAUUGAACCCAAAGAGAAAGAGAAGUUCUGGUUUUCAUCAAGAGACAUACUAUGAAGCAUGGUCAAGGAAUCAUUAACAACACAGUUUUCUGUUUGGAAGGAAUAUGUUUGAGAGUUACAUUGAAAAACAUAACAAAAACAGAGAAUUCCAUCUGCUGUUCCUAAGAAAAUGAAAAGAGGCCCUGUAAAUUUGACUUUCGUUGGAUAACUAGCUUUGAAUUUUUGUCUGUUUCCACUCUAGAUUGUUGUAUAUUUUCUUUGGACAAACUAACUUCCAUAUUUACAAAUAAUAUUUGAUUGACGCCUAAUGAUACUACUAUUCUAAGAUUAUUGUAGACACCAGAUUGCUGUUUAAUUGGGAGUGAUGUCAUUUGGAGACUUCCACCUGUAAAACAACAAUCCUUUUUGUGGUGAAUAAGACAGAUUAUAUUAACACCACAUUUGUUUGCC